GACAGCCCGGAAGGGUGGCAAGUCCUGGGUGAGACUCCCCACAGGGUGGAAGCAUCCGUGCGCGACCUGCUGGGAAAGGCAUUGCAUGACCUCCAGCACGAGAUUCCCGAGCGUUUGCGGGGCUGAGCACCCGGCGGUGAAACACCAGUGCUCGAAGUUGCAGGAUUUGCUGAGUUGCAACCAACACUUCGGCAUUGAACUGCGAGACAUGGCCGAUGAGGAUGGUGCUGUCCCGGCCUGGGUAGAGACCUUCUUGGAGGUCUGCACCCGCGUCUUCCAGGGAGGUGACCCGCGAGACCAUGCUCGUUCAGAAUGGAAAGAUCCGAGUGAGGAGAGCGCGCGCGCUGCGCCUGCGGCGCCUGCGGAUGCAGAGACAGAGCCCACAGAGCUCGGCUCGCCCGCCUCGCUCAAGCGCUGCGUCAUCGCACCUGGAAAUGGCUGCUCUCCGAUCCAGGAGGCGAAUUGGUACUCUUGGCUGGCGAAGAGCUUGAAUCGCAAAAAGCUCCUUCAGGAGGAGGUUGUUCUCCGGGACUUUCCAGACCCUUGGGAGGCGAAGCGUGAGAUCUGGCUGAAGUUCAUGAAGGAGGAGCUUUUGGUCGGACCUGACACAGUGCUUGUCGGGCACUCCAGUGGUGCGCAAGCAGCUAUGAGGCUGGCGGAGGAGGAGGUCAUUGGCGGCUUGGUCUUGGUGGCUGCUUGCCAUAGUGAUUUGGGAGAUGCAGGAGAGCGCGCUUCUGGAUACUACCCGCCAAAAGGGGGGCCGUGGAAUUGGGCCAACAUCCGAAGAAACACCGGGUGGAUUGUGCAGCUGCAUUCCACAGACGACCCUCUGGUUCCUGUGUCGGAGGGGCGCGUCGUGGCUGAGGAGCUACAAAGUAGAUACAUCGAGCUGAACGGCCGGUCCCAUUUCUUCGAGCCCUGUGCGGAACUCUUAGAGGCUCUGUGCGGCAAGCUGAAGCAGUGA